AUGACGCGCGCCGCCGCGACCGUCGCCUCCUCCCGCGCCGCGCCGUUCCCCUCCUCCUCCUCUUCGACGAGGACGACGACGCGACGCGCGACCCCGCCUCGGCGGGCUCGCGCCGCCGCGCGUCAACAUCGCGCGGUGGUCUCCGCCUCGUCCGCGUCGUCGUCGUCCGUCGAAGCGACGCGCGCGCUGCGCGACGCGCUCGCGAAUCUGUCGCGCGUCGCCCCGCCGGCGUCCGGCGCCGCGGUCCUCGAGGCGGCGAAGGCGCUCGAGAGCCCGCCCGAGGAGGACACGCUCGGCGGCAUCGACGGCCUCUGGGUCACGGAGUGGACGUCCAUGGACCCGCCCUACCACGAGCUCCAGAUGGACGACGACGACGACGACGACGACGACGACGGCGACGGCGACGUCUACGUCCCUCGCGCGUUCCCGUUGCCCCUGGCGGCGCUCAGCUUCGGCGCGUUCGGCGCGCUGAACGUCAUCGCCACGCGCACGGUGAACAUCGUUCGCGGCGCUGAGUACGUCCUCGCGAUCGUCUUCGUCGACGCGGGCGACGGCGCCGGCGACGACGACGACGAGUUCGCGGAGGGCGUCCUGUUCCUGCGGGGGUCGUGCGCGCCGGCGUCGGACUCGGACUCGGACUUGGACUCGGACUCGGGGGCGGAGGCGAGUCGCCUGUUGCGCGUCGCGUUCGAGGAGGCGAAGGUGUGCGCGACGGGGUUCUGCCGCGAGACGCUGACGGGGGCUGGGAUGCUGGAGGGCGGGGAAGGCGACGGCGACGGCGGCGACGAAUGCUACGACGACGCGACGAAAUUUUUUACAAAGUCGGCGCGACUCGCCGCGCCCGCGACGCACAUCGACGUCGCGUACGUCGACGGAACGACGCGCGUGCACGCGGGGGCGAGCGGGAUGACCUACGUCUUAUCUCGGGAAGAGGCGUCGAUCGAGGCGGUGAAGGACGAGAAGUGGAGCUUCGAACGAUACUCAGACGGGAAGUGGGAGGAGGAGUUGCCCCGUCGUCCUCGCGCGUCGUCGUCCUCGCGCGCCGUCGUCGCCGCCGCGAACGCCGCGAACGCCGCGGACGCCGCGGACGCCGAGGACGCGUCAUCCUCCUCCGGCGCGCACAUCGUGUGGUUCCGCGCCGGCGACCUGCGCGUCCACGACCACCCAGGGCUCGCGGAAGCGGCCGCGAUGACGACGCGAGCGGUGAUCCCACUCUUCGUCUUCGACCCUUCUGAGAUCGCGCACGGGACGCCGUCCGACGCGCGCGCGCUGCACGAGGCCGUCGUCGCGCUGCGCGCGUCCCUCCGCGCGCUCGGGUCCGACCUCGUCGUCCGCGUCGGCGACCCUUCAAUGGAGAUGCCCUCGGUCGCCGCCGCGCUCGGCGCGACGUCGCUCGCUGCGGCGCGCGAGCUGGAGUGGGCGCGCGUCGCCGGCUGGCGCGAGACGCUCGCCGCGCUUCGCGCGGCGGGCGUGAAAUGCGACACGUGGCACGCGCCGCUCCGCGCGCGCACGCCGGCGUUCGAGGAGGCGCGCGACGCGACCGCGGCGGCGGCGAGGACGGGCGAGAGGGGCGCGCCGCUGUGCGCGUUCGCGAGCGACGGCGACUACGCGGCGGCGACGGGGGGGAUCGCGGCGCCGCUGCCGCCGCCGGCGUCGUUGCCGGCGACGGAAACGAAAACGGCCGACGGCGAUGCGUUAUCGGUAGUGCAGAACAUACUCGCGCGGAGCAUACUCGACGCGGACGGUAUGCCGGACCUCGAGACCGCGCGCGCGUGGGCGAAGAUGCCGGACUCCGCGGAGGCUGCCGAGUACGACGCCGCGGUGGCGGCGGCGAAGAGAGCGCUGAGCGACCCGGAGUUUACGAAGCGCCGCAAGAUGACGGCGUCCACGGACAACGCGUUCCUCAUGUUCAGCGAGGAGAAGAUGCUCGCGCUCGCCGCGGAGGAGAGCGCGGCCGCGAUUCCCUCCGUGCCGUUUCGCAUGCCCGGCGGCGAGCCCGAGGUUCGGGACUUUUACGACGGCUUCCUCGACUUUUACACCGCCACGUCCAACAAAGAAUACCGAAGGAUGUACGACGUCGUCAUGGAGAACAAGCCCGCGGCGUUCUUCCGGCUGUUUCGCGAGGCCCUCGCGCUCGGGACGCUGUCGCCGCGGUACGUGCACGACACCGCGCGGAGAUGGGAGGCGAAGAGCUCGAGGGCGACAGAUCUGUGCGCCGGCGCGAGGCGAGUCGCGGAGCAGCGCGACUUUCAGGCGUUUCAGGCUGAGGCGCAGCUAGACGCGAACGCGGAGGGGCCGGGGAUAUCCUUAGUCGGCGCGUACAACGUCGUCUCUGGGUCGCUGUAG